AUGAGUUUUUGGCUUGGCAAAAAUAAGAAAAGUACAACUCGUCUUAGAAAUAAUCCAAUUUCAAGGCCUUUAUUUCUUUCACCACCAUUCAUUGAUGCAUCAUUGGUCGAAGGAAGUUUUAAGAAAAUAGUGGUUUUACCAAAAUACGUUGAAGAGGAUGAAUGGUUGGCUGUGAAUGUUUUCGAAUUUUUUACUUAUCUUAAUAUGUUCUAUGGAACUGUGACUGAUUUUUGCACAGCCACGAAUUGUCCCACAAUGAACGCAGGACCUGGAGUUGAGGCUUACACUUGGACAGAUCAAAAUCAAAGAAAAACCACAAAAUUACCAGCACCAACAUACAUUGAUUAUGUUAUGACGUUGGUUCAGAAUCUUGUCAACGAUGAAAAUGUUUUCCCAACAAAAGUUGGUCGAGAAUUUCCCAAAGAUUUUCAACAAACAGUUAGAUCAAUAUUCAAACAAUGUUUUAGAGUAUUUGCACAUAUUUAUUAUCAUCAUUAUGAACAAAUUUUACAUCUUCGAGAAGAAAAACAUUUCAAUUCUUUGUUUGCACAUUUUAUGUCUUUUGCUAAAGAAUUCAAUUUAUUGCCAGAUAAAAAAGAGUUAGUCCCAUUAGAAGAAUUGAUCACUUAUAUGGAGAGUAAUGGCCGUAUUAGUUAA